AUGGUGCUGAGUAAGGGCCCGGUAGCAGACGACCAAAAUUUCCUCGUCAACAUCUUAACCGUUGCGGCGUAUAUAUGGUCGAUCGUGGCUCCAGAUUGCCCGACAUACGGCCUGACAAAGAAUGCCGGCACGGCUCUCCUUCAACAAGUCGCCAAGGACUCGAGACCCGACGACAUGCAGAUUAUUAGUUUCCAUCCCGGAGGUGUCCUUACCGAGUCGGCGCGCAACGAAGGCUGCGCUGAAGGCAGCUUUGAUUUUGAUGACGAGGACCUUCCCUGGAAUUUCGCCGUUUGGGCUGCAAGCCCCGAGGCUACCUUUUUUGCAUGGACAGAGGACGAGCAUUUCCUUAAAGUGAGCAUAGAAGGUCUCUCGGAGAAGGAUGGCGGUGCGAGGUUCUAA